AUGGCGGGGCUGCGCCUCAGGCGGAGCUGCGGGCUCAGCCUGCUGGCGCUGUCCGCCCUCGGAUGUUGCCUGAUGCUGCAAGUCACUGCCAAGAGGCCUCCCAAAGCGCCCCCCUGCCCACCCAGCUGCUCUUGCACCAGGGACACGGCCUUCUGCGUGGACUCUAAGGCAGUGCCCAGGAACCUGCCGGCCGAGGUCAUCUCUCUGACACUGGUGAACACUGCCUUCUCGGAGAUCCAGGACGGAGCAUUUUCCCACCUGCCGCUGCUGCAGUUCCUGUUACUCAAUUCCAACAAGUUUACACUGAUCGGAGACAACGCCUUCACGGGACUGUCGCACCUGCAGUACCUCUUCAUUGAGAACAACGACAUCUGGGCACUAUCCAAGUUUACUUUCCGAGGACUCAAGUCUUUAACACACCUCUCAUUGGCCAACAAUAACCUGCAGACACUGCCUCGAGACAUCUUCCGGCCCCUGGACAUCCUGAGCGACUUGGACCUGCGGGGCAACUCGCUCAACUGCGACUGCAAGGUGAAGUGGCUGGUGGAGUGGCUGGCGCACACCAACACCACGGUGGCCCCCAUCUACUGCGCCAGCCCGCCCCGCUUCCAGGAGCACAAGGUGCAGGAUUUGCCCCUGCGGGAGUUCGACUGCGUCACCACAGACUUUGUGCUGUACCAGACCCUGUCCUUCCCAGCAGUGUCAGCUGAGCCCUUCUUUUACUCCAGCGACCUCUACGUGGCCCUGGCCCAGCCCGGGGCCAGCGCUUGCACUGUCCUCAAGUGGGACUAUGUUGAACGGCAGCUUCGAGACUAUGACAGAAUCCCAGCUCCCUCGGCCGUGCACUGCAAGCCCAUGGUGGUGGACAGCCAGCUGUACGUGGUGGUGGCCCAGCUGUUUGGUGGCUCCUACAUUUACCACUGGGACCCCAACACCACGCGCUUCACCAAGCUGCAGGACAUCGACCCGCAGCGUGUGCGCAAGCCCAACGACCUGGAGGCCUUUCGCAUCGACGGCGACUGGUACUUUGCCGUGGCCGACAGCUCCAAGGCGGGUGCCACCAGCCUCUACCGCUGGCACCAGAAUGGCUUCUACUCCCACCAGGCCCUGCACGCCUGGCACCGCGAUACCGACCUGGAGUUUGUGGACGGUGAGGGCAAGCCCCGGCUGAUCGUGUCCAGCAGCUCCCAGGCGCCGGUCAUCUAUCAGUGGAGUCGCAACCAGAAGCAGUUCGUGGCCCAGGGGGAGGUGACGCAGGUGCCCGAUGCCCAGGCUGUGAAACACUUCCGUGCCGGCCGCGACAGCUACCUGUGCCUCAGCCGCUACAUCGGGGACUCCAAGAUCCUGCGCUGGGAGGGCACCCGCUUCUCGGAGGUGCAGGCCUUGCCCUCCCGCGGCUCCAUGGCCCUGCAGCCCUUCCUCGUGGGCGGCCGCCGCUACCUGGCGCUGGGCAGCGACUUCUCCUUCACCCAGAUCUACCAGUGGGAUGAGGGGCGGGAGAAGUUCGUGCGGUUCCAGGAGCUGGCUGUGCAGGCCCCUCGGGCCUUCUGCUACAUGCUUGCCGGGGACGCCCAGCUGCUCCUGGCCCCCAGCUUCAAGGGACAGACACUUGUGUACCGACACGUCGUGGUGGAUCUUAGUGCCUAG